GACAGGUUUCUGCUGGAUUGUCGCAGCAGUUUUGACUGGAAUCUUGCACAGGAAACUUCUUACGGGAUGAGAUUCUGGUUGAUUAUGCUUGUGUGUGUUGGGGCAGUUGCCAUGGGGAACGGAGCCCCAGUUCUACGGACGCCAACAUCCAAGGAUGCAUUGUAUGCUGCUAUCUACAAAUACAAUGCAGGUUCCAGCCAGACGAACCUAUUUAAGCUCUUGGGAGCCUCCUGCAUUGCAAUCAAGCAAAUCCCACAAGGUAAAGAAUAUGAGAUUGGGUUUGCCCUCAAACAGACAGUGUGCACUAAGGGAAUGGAGGAUGUAAUGCAAGACUGUGAAUACAUGGAUGAUGGAACCAUAUUGAUUUGCAACGCAAUCAUUACAAUUAGCUUCAACGUCCCUGUACCAACAAAGACUACAGUCAGCUGCUCACCGGAUUGAGUGAGAAGUUUUGGAGAGGACAUUGGUCAACAGCAGAGUAGGCAGAACAAACUGCCAAGAAAACCAGCUUUUGUCAAAAGUUUCCUGUUUAAAAUAAAACCAUGAGCAUGGGACAAAAUGUGAAAUUUAUUGCAGAGAAGAAACAUACUAAAAUUUAGUUUUAGACUAUCCAGAAUGUUUUGUUUAAAAAUAAUAUGCAUUGUAUUAGACUUUCCCUGUUUUCUUCAGUAGCUCUGUCAAUCAUCUGAAUCAAUAGUGAGUAAAGAUGUGUAGUUCAACCAAUUAGAGCUGUUGUUUUAAGUGUUAUCAUAAGCAGUCAUUCAACUGGAUUUAAAAAUGUGAGUCUCACUGUCUAAUCUUACUACAAUAAAUUAUAAUCAACAUGA